AAAAUGCCACCGAUUUUGUACCUUCGUGUACCUUAACUGAGUGCCAACUGAGGAGUUCUUCUUUUCCAAAACGACGAAAGGCAAUAAGAGGGAUUCUAUUGCCUAUCUAAGUACGGAUUUUGUAGAAUAUAAAAAAAAUGUCAAGUGAACAUCUCGCUGACAAAAAUGAGGCAAAUGCGGAUAAGACACCUGCAGCAAUUGAUCUCACGGAAGACACUGCAAGUGUACCGGAUAAACGUGUUCAGUGGUCAGAAGGAGAUCCCCUCCCAGAUGAGCCACUUGGAGAUGAUAACGAAGAGGAGACGAAACGUAAGCAAAUUGAGGAUUUGAAGAGGUGAGUGGUGUUUAUUGAGAGGCUGCUGUAUUUGGAUAUUAUUCGUUCCAGUCACAUUCCAGUUAUUUGGAGCUAGUGAUAAUGUACUAAUACGGCAGCCUUCAAAUCUCCUCGACAGCGCUGAUGGAUCGCCUUGAAUUG